AUGUUUGCCCCUAAUAUCAAGAGCAGUCUCUUUAGGACUGCUACUUUAACUUCAGUGGUAUCUAUAUUAAAUUAUUCUAUGCGUUCACCUGACUCAGAUACAAGUACAUCUUCGAUCUCGUAUAAUUCAUUCAAUUUGUAUAGAAUUCCUUUAGCAGGGAUGGCUCUAUUUUAUUCAACAAAUAAAUCAAUUGGUUUUAAUUUAACUAUUAUUUAUACAGUUUUAAUUGAAGCCCUUUGUGCAAUGAUUGUAAAUUUUUUCACAAUACCAAAAGUUUGUCAAAAUGUAGAAAAAGAUGUAGAUGCCUUUCGUUGUUUUUUAAGUGUAGCAAAUUUCUUUGGGUCAAUCUUUACUGGAUUAUUUGUUGUUUAUGUAGUGAGUUAUUACGUGAGACACCCUGAUUUCUUUAAACGUGAAGGAAGUGGGAAUAAUGCUAUUGAACAAGAUGAUGAUAAUGAUGAUGGUAUGACCCAAUCUGGUACAUUUACACCAAAUGAAGAUGUUACAGCUCAUAACAUUUUCCAUCCCUUAAAGUUUACCGAUAUUCCAACUUUAUUAUUAAUAUUAAUGUUAUGGAUUAUAUUACAUUUAUCUGGUUCUAUUGAUUUUGUUAGUGAUGUGUAUUCAAUUAGAACAAUAUUAUUCGUGUAUUGCCUUUCAAGAGUUAUUAGUGAUACUUCUUUGUUGGUUAUCAUUCUAGUAAAACUUUUAGGUAGAGAAUGGGAAGUAUCAAUACAUCUAUAA